GAGAAGCGCUCGCUCGUGCGGCCGCCAUAUUGUGUGACACUAUUUUGAUUCUUAUCUGUUGGACGCGAGUGAGGAAGAAGGAAAAUAAGUGCAAACAGAAGAAGAAUAAGAUUUGUGAGAAGAGUGCGUAAAAGCGGUGUGAUCUUUUACCCUCAGCGCGGUGUUGUCAGGAUUUCGGCCUGGCGUGUGUCCGGCGGCGGCGGCGGCGUCUCGGGGGUUGAAGGUGGCCCGGGCGGCGGCGGCUGACACGAUGCUGAAAUAGUCUGUGUGUGUAUGUGUGUGCGCACGCUGUGGUUGAGUCGGGUUGUUGCGGCAGUAGACGAAUGGCACAGGGAAACCAGCAGUUUGACAACCAGGUUCUUCACCACCUGCUCCAAAAGUUUCCAGAAGUCCCGGAGAACGUGGUGUCUCAGUGUGUGCUAGAGAAUAAGAACAAUUUGGCUGCCUGUUGCGAGUACCUGGCCAAGGUGAGCCCUGGUUUCUUGUAUAGUGAAGGCAACCAAUGUUUGACAGACCUUCGUAAUCACAUGACCCAGCUCAACCUAGGCGUCUCUCAGAAUACCCAUGAUGCUGUGCAGCGAGAUGUAGUAAGGAUGAAUGGCAGCAGGACACUUGUCCCCAACGUGAGUGAUGGGCCUUUAAAUGCUCCCUCUCCCGCCUCUGACUUCUACCAGCCUGAAGCUCAGGCUGUGCCUACACACACGCCAACGAACCUCAGCGCAUUCAGUGCCAUGGUGUCUGCUCGUAAACCACAGCCGCCUCAGCACCUUGGCCUUUACCAGGUUGGAAGCAAGGGUCAUGGACCACCCCCAACGCCACGCUUCAACCCCAUCACAGUGACGCUUGCACCAAACACUGGUCGGAAUACACCUACCUCCCUUCACAUUCAUGGAGGGCCUCAGUCGGGUCUAAACAGUCCAAACUCUAUCUACAUACGCCCAUAUAUGACCCAACCGGGCGGUACGCGACAGGUACAAGGCCGUGCGCAGUACAGUCCCACCUCCCAGCCUACUCAGCAGAUCUAUCAGAUUACACAUCCUGCAGGUUCCCAGGGUUCCUGGAGUGGGACCCAGCACCAGACCUCACAUGUAUACAUGCCGAUAAGUUCACCUACCAACACCCAGGCUCCCUCCAUACCCUCGGUUGUGGCCUCACAGGCCCCCUCCCCGUCACCCUCUUCCUCUUCAUCAACUGCUGGCCCGGUCUCAUCUUCCUUUGGCCAGUAUAACAUACAGAAUAUCUCAACUGGGCCACGAAAGAACCAGAUUGAGAUCAAGCUGGAGUCUCCACAGAGAGGGGCCGGAGGUUCGGGUACGGCUUCAGCUACGGUCCUGCGUUCUAGCUCAGCCCCACGAUCCACCUCUAGCUCUGCAUCUUCUUCCUGUCCGUCGUCAUCAUCGUCUUCGUUGACUACCAGCACCAGUUCUUCCACUCCGAUCUCAAUCGGAGGGGCAGGGCUUAGCCGCAGUCAGCCCACGGUAUACAUCUCUGCAUCCCCACCCACCUCGGCUAGUACUCCGUCGGAUGAAUGCGCCAUCGUUCCAAACAACCCCCGUUCACAGCCCAAGUUCUACAUUUCGGCCAACACUUCAUCCGAUGAUGGAGGGGGACGGAACCCGCCUACUGUCUACAUCUCUGCCAAUCCGACACUUCAAGGUUCUGCCGGUCUCCGGGGGUUGGGAAGUCAGGUGAGCAUGGGCCCUGCCUACAUCCACCACCACCCACCCAAAUCCCGCCCCUCUGUGGCAGCUGGAGGCACAGCCACAUCUCCUCGUGUCGUGGUAACGCAACCCAACACCAAAUACACCUUUAAAAUCACUGUAUCCCCUAAUAAACCUCCGGCUGUGUCUCCUGGAGUGGUAUCACCGACGUUUGAGCCUACAAACCUGCUUAGUCUACCUGGCGAUCACCAUUAUGCAGAGACAGAUCCCCCUUACCAGUCUGAUCCAGUUUCAGUUCACCGGGACAAAAGCGCAGAGCCUCGCAGACUCAGCAUGGGCUCUGACGAUGCUGCUUAUACACAAGCUUUGCUAGUUCAUCAGAGGGCACGAAUGGAGAGAUUGUGGCAUGAAUUAGAGCUGAAGAAGAGAAAGCUAGAAAAGCUGAAAGAAGAGGUCAACGAGAUGGAGAACGACCUCACAAGGAGACGACUGCAGCGUUCCAAUUCAGUUUGUCAGAUACCAUCUAUUGAGGAAAUGCAGCAGUUGAGAUGUAAAAACAGGUUACUUCAGAUUGAUAUUGAUUGUUUAACCAAAGAGAUCGAUCUUCUUCAAACACAAGGACCAGAUUUUAAUCCGAUUGCAAUUCACAAUUUUUAUGACAAUCUUGGAUUCUUGGGUCCUGUACCUCCCAAACCUGUCAUAGAUCAUACGAAACAAGGUGCAGAUCACACAGGCUGUCUAGACAGGAGGGGACGCAAAAUAAAUGUCAGCUCCAAAUUAAAGAGAGACCCCUCUCUACCUCCUGUACCACCUCCUGUGGCCACACCCAUGGAGAGCAGUAUGAACAUGAGGGUGAUGCCGGAGCCUGAGGAAGAUGAUGGAGUUCAGUGGAGCUGUACGGCCUGCACCUUCCUCAACCACCCGGCCCUCAACCGCUGUGAGCAGUGUGAAUUUCCUCGUCACUUCUGAGCCACACACCGUAUACGCGUGACGUGUAGAGAAAUGCGCAGACGGCCAUCGCUUCGGAUGAGUCGUCUUCUUCCCCUGGCUGUGUCGGUGUUUGUGUUGUGUUGUGAAGUCCACUGAAGAUUGGAUUAUGUUUACAGCUCUUUUGUCUCCGUACAGAACGUGCAUUUCUCUCAUUUCGAGAUCAGGAGUGAAUUUACCCCCUUGAUCCACAAAGAGGCUCAGCAGUGCCAACGAUGUCGUUAACGUGUCUGCGAUUUCUGCGCACACUUUGCGUGUGCGUUGAUGCCGGCAGCCACCUAAAGGGAAAAAAAGGACUUUCUAUACGGAUGUUGUUCCUAAUGGAUCAUGUGGUGGAAUCCGCUAAACUCACAUUAACUUUUGUUUGAUACAUGAAACCGAAAAUGAAAAUGGAAGAAAAAAACCUGCAUGCUUUAGAUGUACAGUUUACAUAGGAGAGUCUCUGCCACAGAAUUCACUGUACAUAGUUUUAGGAUGAGCUUUUCAAUGCCUAUUUUGUUUCUAAAGAUUUCACAUUCAUUUCUGUAAGUAUAGCUUUAUAGACUUCAUUAUUUCUGUGUUAUUUUAUUGUUGAUUUUGUUUGGUUUCGAACCAAGAGCUUUUACAGUGUUUUGUGAGAACUUAAAGGGAUGCUCGAAUACUCGAUGGCAGAAACCUAUGCUCUUUGUCAAGCACUCAAUCCAGCGUACGAGCUGCAGACGCAGCAAAACAAUCUGAAAGUUUCAUUAAGGUACAUAACAUGACCUCGGAGUGGUCAAAGGACUUUAACCAUAAAAAAUAUGCUUUCCUGUAUGACAACUGGAAUGUAGGUUUACUCUAUUAGAAUUUGUACCAGUUUGUGCCAGAUGAGGGAUGUGUCUUUGCUAUGCAUUCGUAAAGCUUUACCAGAUUAUUUGCGUUUGGGAGAAAAGACUUUAAUAAUUUGUCUUAUGUGGUGUCCGGGUGACCUCCUGAAAGUGAAUAAAGAAUCCCGUUUUUUUUUUUUUUUAUGGAGUACUUACCGCUGGCCUAAAUGGUUCUGGUUGUAGAAAUUGCCAUAGCACAGAGGGAGUCAAGGGUCACUGUGAUCCUGAGUGUGUAGCUGUAAUACAUCACAAUGUGCCUUCAGUCUUUUUUUGGGCUUUUCUGUUACAGAUUGUGGUAUGUAACAGUUUGCACAACAGCGUUACACAAGUGUUUAGAUAUCUUUUGUAACUUUAGAUCAGUCCAACGCUAGAACCAUAUUUUAGCCGAUUGUUUGUCGCUCGUCUUUAAAGGAGCGCUAAUAAUGCAUUAAAUGGUUUAAAAUAAGGUUAUUUAUAAUACGGAGGGGAAAAUGUACAUUUCCAAAUGCUGGUUUGUGAUAUCCAGGCUAAACUACCCAAGGCUAUGCAGUCUGCUCGUUUCCAAGACUAAACUACUUUUUGUUUCUGGAAAUUGGCUCAGAGAGUGAUGUUUUAUUAACUUUAUAAAACCCAAAGAAACAAUCCAAUCUGUCUGUCAAUGUGUCUGUUGUAUGCGUGUUGAAUUUUAAGACAAUGGGGAGAAAAUCUUUGAUGUCCAGUGAUGCCUGGAAACUGUCUGUGUAAUAGAUAAGUUAUUUGUUAAAAUUAAAAAUAAAAAAGCUGACAGCUUUGCAUUGAUUUA